AGUGGCGCGGAGCGGUGCGCGGCUGUCGGUACGCGCUCGCGUCCCCUUCUUGGGAGCCUUUCCUCGUUUCCCCUUCUUGGGAGCCUUUAACGGCGUUGGGCGGAAAGGCGCCCUGCUCUGAGCAGCGCUUCCGAAGGGCCGUCCCUUCAGUGCCGGUGCCGGUGCCGGUGCCGGGCAGACGCGGCAGCGCAGCGCAGCGCAGCGCUUCGGCGCUCCUUUCGUGCCGUCUCCCGGCCAACCUCCGCAGCGGCAGCACGAAGCCGCGGGGCGAUCUGCCCAAAGCGGCGGCUCCGCGCACUGCUGCGGUGCGGUCACCCCGCGGGGCACCGAGCGGCUCCUUCCCGCGCUGCCCUGCCGUGCCUGCAGGCCCCGAGCGUUGCUGUUCUCCGCCUCAGGGGCUCCCGAGCUCAUGCAGCCUGCCGUGCUGCUACGGGGCACUCCCGGGCGCAGUGGCGAGCUUUGGCACCGCUCGUUCGUGCUGCCUCAGGAACGGAUCCUGCUGCUCAGCAACACCUCUUUGGCGAAAAAAUACCCGCUGAGAGAGGAGCGAGGAAUCACGCUUACGAAACACUUGGCUUUUAUUGGGUCGCCCACCACAGGCUGGGUGCAGCUCCGCCUCAGUCCCGCUGACGUUCCUUUCACGUGUCCUUGGCUUGCAAACAGGCGGCACGAGGACGAGGAGGAGCAGCAGCAGCAGCAGCAGGACGACGACGAGGACGAGGACGACGACGACGACGACGAGGACGAGGAGGAGCGCAGCCUGCGGACGGCCCUCCAGGAGCUGCGGGUGGACGCGGCGCGGUGUGAGAGGACUGCAGGAGGACCGGCCGGUCUCUCACGGCACGGACGUUCCAGGGUCUCCUGUCCUCAGAACACGGCACAGAGGACAGACACAGUCCUCACUUUGAGGCCAGCCAUGGCAGAAGAGCCACAGCUGAACCUCUGCUGA